UCAACAUAGAAAGGCUUAUCUUAGAGGAGCUCCUAAAAGGAUUAAGAUAUGAGAAAGUCUUACUGUAAUUUGGAAUUCGGAUGAACCUCGGCUAAAAUGGCAGGUGCAGGUGAAAUCAUAAUCAGCAAUGCUAGUGGCCUUUCAUUUAGGCUACAGAGUCUUUACCAAAGUGGUGACAUGUGUGAUAUUCAAAUAAAUGUAGGGAAAAAAACAUUUCAAGCCCACAAACUUAUCCUGUGUGCUAGCAGUGAUGUUUUUAAAACAAUGCUGACCAGUGUGAGAUGGACUGAGGCUAACAAGCAGUCCAUCGUCCUCGUAGAAGACCGUUCCUGUGAAACUAUUUUUGACAGGUUCCUUCACUAUAUCUAUUCUGGAGAACUAUUUGUGUCUCAUGCCACUGUUGGUCCACUAUUUAUUUUAGCUGACAAGUACAAUAUCCGGGACUUGAUUCCAUUAUGUCGGAGGUAUAUGCUUGAAAACUUGGAUGCUCCCGUGGAUGAUCUCAGUGUAUUGCAGUGGUGGCAGAUUGCUAAUUUGCACAGAGACUUUGAACUGCAAGAAAAGACGCUCAGCUAUAUUGAACUGAAUUUUAGCAAAGUUAUCCAGACCACAGACUUUUUAAAUGCAAAUGUGCACACACUCAACAUCCUUUUGUCCAGCUCUAGGAUUGUUAUUCCUAACGAACUCAUGUUAUUUUAUGGUCUGAAGCACUGGCUAGAGGCCUACAUUGAAUGUAGCUGUUCAUCUCUCACAGUGAGAGAACUAAAGAAAGUUUUUAAGGAGUUGACACGUCAUAUUCGGUGGCCGAUGAUGACGAAGGAUGAAUUAGAGUGGCUUCAGGAAGACUCUGAUAUGCAGCAGUUCAUAGCCACUUACAGGAACUUUAUGUAUCUCCCAAGUCCUGAAGAUUUAGAACUAGAUUCAACAGAUGAACCUGGCAUUUCUGAUCCAUGGUGCUUUGUUGCUGAGUUUACAGACAGGCAUUGCUUGAAUGUCGAGCCUCGAUGUUCUGCUUCUCCUAAGAGUGACUUGAAGAAAAGGAAACCCAGGAAGAUUGACAACGGCAUCUGUGACAAAAACAGAAGCGCUGCCUCAAGAGUAUAUCUCAGUGACCAUUGGAGUUCAUCGCUAACUGUGUCUGACUUUGCUGCUUUUCCACGCUACGGCACCCGUACAUUCUUCUUUUCUACACCACGGACUGGAUUCAGGAGAGACACUAGUACCCUGGAUUGGGAGGUAGAAGUUCACCCCAAAGGAGUGCAUUUCCAGCCUGCUAUUCUCAUUGGCUUGGAACGAGAUGGCAACAAAGUGGUGGAUGAGACUUUCGUCAACACUGUGAGAGUAUCUGUUAUGUCAAGGUCACCAGCAGAACUUCCCGUGAAGGUCGAGGUGAAUAUUCUUGUGCAAGCAUCGUCUCCUUCAAAUCCUGAUUGCUUAUACAUAGAACGGUGUCGCCGUCAGGUGUGCAUUUUUGACUCUAGCUCCUCACGCCACAAUCUGGAUGACAUCGUUCCCCAGGAAAACAUGGGAGUCUACCUCCAGCCAGAUGUGCACUUUCCUGGACUCGCCGUCUCUCCUACUCUGGCUUUUAGUCUGGGCAUAGUGAUAAGGCCCAUAGACUGAUAAUCUCACAGAGGCGGUUUGUUGUGAGAGAAGGGGUUUUCGUCAAAUGAAAGUUUCCCUUUUUGAUAUUGUGUGAAUACUCACAUGUUACAGGCUAACACCAUAGAAUAGUUUGGGUCACUUUAUAGCUUUUUUGUUCAAAUGUAAUAUCCUAGGAAAAAGUGACACCUUUUCUACAUGCAGAAUGAGUUACUUUUCUUUUGUCUUUGUUGUAUUGAGAGCUUACCUCUUUCUUUUAAAGAAUUUCCCCUUUCUUUUGCAGGGAAUGAAUAAGAACAAAUAUGCUCAAUGACUGAGACAAUGAUUUUUUAGAAUCGCCUUCAGAGGUUCAGUGAACAGAAACAGUCUCUGAGUUUUCAGUCCUUUCUUUCUUUUAUGCUAGUUCUGUUGCCCUCAUGGUGCCAACUCUUUUUCUCAUCUUUGAAGGUUUAUGGUUUUUACUUUUCUGCUGUCUUGUUCUAAAAGCAUGAAGAGAUUUAAGCUCUAUAAUUACAAUCAAAGUAUUUUAUCAUUCAUUAGGGGCCUAUGUACUAGUGCAAGCAAAAAUAAGUAUUGGUUGGCCUCACUGUGACUUAUAAUUUACUGAAAUACCUGUUAUUGUUAUCACCAUUUCAGUAUUAAUAUUAUAUUGUUCCUUGAUUGCUCAACUUUUGUUAUUUUCGCCUCAUGUUACUGUUAGUGAAAUCUAACGUUAAUAUGUUCAUUUUAUCAAUUUUUGGCAUGUGAAAUGUGUUUGCAUCAUGAAGAAAAAUGGCCAGACUAGCUUUAGGCUUAUGAUCUUGGGUCUAUGUCUGGUAUCUGAAUAUUUUUUGUCUAAUGAAUAAAACCUCAAGUACAAUAGUCUUAUCUUGAAUGCACGCCAUACAAAGGCAUGCUCCAUUCAAGCUCAUGCUUUCGUCGUAUGCUUUUUAAAAAACUAUAUGGGACCUACAAUUGCAGUCACUUCCUCGUAACACACUUCGAUCCGUGAAAGAUGCCGACAGGUAAAGCUUGACUAAGGAAAUUUUUGCUACAUCCUACACAGCUUGCGUUAGACAAGUCUAGACAAUCAGAAAUUUGGUGAGACUGCCCCCACGCAGAACAAAGAGAGUGAUAGAGAAUGUCAACCCACCCAACUUGUCCACGGACACGUCUAGGUCUAGGACUGGGUGGAUGAUAUGUUUGAGGGAGGUGGGGGGAGGGGUAUUACUGAAACGUCUUUUGAUUGGCCACUUGAAAUGCAUCCUUGAGAGAAGUAUGUUUCCCACUGGUGUUUAGGUGAUGGUAAUGUUUAAUUAGACCUAUGAAUAUGAUGUGAAAAACUUGUAAAUGCUGUAGAACACUAGAUAGGCCUAUAGCAGAUACAUCAAUUGAUCAGCUACUGUGUUGGCAGAACUUAUAAUGUAUUUGUUCAACGAAGCACUGGAGAAAAGUCUCUCAGAAUGUCUGAUGUCAACAAUGCAUCUGCCGAGUUACAAUAGAUGACAGGUAGUCGGGAAUGAUAGCUUAAAAAGCAGUGUGGCUGAGCACUCUUCCCUAUGACUGUCACCAACAGUUUCCUCUCAUCUGUUCCUGACAGGUUAGUGCACAUCAGUACAGUGAGUUGGUCUCUGCUUUUUUCCUACUCUUAUCCAACGCCUUUUAUAGUCAUAACCGCGAUAGGGGAAUCAUUUUAUGAAAUAAUCCUGUUUCAUCACAUUAUCGGCGAGAUCGACCCCCCAACCAGAGAGAUCACUAAAAUAUCAAAGAAAUGAAAUGGUUGUAUCCCUUUUCCCCUUUGCAAAGGUUCACGUAAACGCACGCCCCGUGUUAACACACAUCUAGGGGCCCUCCCGAGCACUGUUCGUUUAGGCGGAGACUACUGUACUGAUAUAUUACAUAACUUGCAUUGUUUCCUUUCCUUUGUUCGAACAUACUGAUUGCUGCUGCACAGAUGAUGGAUUAGUUAGACCAACUGUUAUAGGUUGGAAGUUUGUGUCCUCUGGCCUUGUGGGCUCAACAUUCUUCUUUUUGAUUUCUAGAAUCCUUUCUCUUCAGCCCAUUGCCAAUUGUAGGCAUCACGUAUUUCACCUUUGAAAUGCCUUGUUCUGUGUCUAAUAUAGCUUUGCGCUACAACAAAAGACCAGGUUACAGCCGGAGUCUAGAUGAAACUUAAUUCUUCUUUCACUUAUACUUCUAGUUUUGAUGUUACUUUGUCCAUAAGCUAUGGGGUCUAUUACAUGUUCAGUUAAAACUCACAGCUGUCUGUCCCAUUUAUGAUAAUAAAAUGAUACAUAAUGUAAUCUCGACAAAAAUACUUCUUUUUUGUUGUUGUGAUCUUCAAAAUCCAACAAGAAAAAGAGUCAACUGCGAGUCAUUUUGUUAUUUUUGAUAGCUGAUUCCGAAUUUAAUAUUAUUUUUGCUUCAAUCAAAAAGUUUACAAAUGAAAAUUUUAUCACCAGGGAGCUGCAGACGUGACAGACUGUCUGACUGGCCGAGCUUAACAAAAGGUCUGGCAUUGGGGCUGUCUGCAUCCCGCUGGUGAUAAAAUGCUUUUUUGUAAACGUUUUGAAAAUUAAGUCUUCUCGUAAAAAUAAUGUCAAAUUUGUAAUCAGCUAAUAAAACUAACAAAAUGACUCGCAGAUUACUUUUUUUCCUGCUGGGUUUUGAAGAUCACAAAAAAAGAAGUAAUUUUGUUGAGAUUGCAUCAUGUGUCAUUUUCUUAUCAUAAAGAGGACGGACAACUCUCUGUUUUAACUGAACAUGUAAUACAAGCUUAUCAGUGGCUGUACAAUGUGUCAUGUUCAUAUUUCAGAUUUUAUUGCCUGUAUUUCCUGUUCGAUAACAACAAUAACAUGGCCUGUACUGAUAUGGUAAAUUUUAGAUAUAUAAAUGUAUAUAUAUAUAUAUAGCUUUGCUCAUUGUGUCAGUGACAACUGAUGAAAAUUAUAGCUUUUUGUCAUAAUUUUGUUGUUGUUGAGUUCUCCAUUGUCUCUUGAACUGCAGCAUACCAUGUGAUAUUUCAUUUAAAAGCAUUAUUUUAUGGAUUUACUUUCUGUUUCAAGACUUUCUGAUAUUUCCAUGAAUAUGAGUGGAUAUCACAGCAGAAAAGAAAGCUUGUACAUCUAUUUGUAAAUGUCCACACUUAGUUAAGUUUGGUUGUGGGCUUAUAAAUUAUCAAUAUUUCAACUUGUUUAAUGUACCUAUGAGUGUUGUGAAAGAAUUUACCAAUUGGUUGUCCUAAUGA